AUUAAUGAGUAUUUAGAGAAAUAUUUAAAUACACAUAAUAUAUAGAAUUCAUGAUUAAUUAAGAGAAUAAAAAAUGAAAUAAUGCUGCAGGUGGCCCAUUUCCCUUUCACAAUACCACUAUAACUUGUAGCAGCCCAAACCACCUCUCCCUCUCUCUCCCAAGAGAGCAAAAACAAAACAAAAAUAAAUCUCUACUGCGCAACCACACUAAAACGCCAUUCCACCACCGCUACCGCCACCGCCGCCGUCUCAAAUUAGACGUAUGGGCAAUAUAUUGGGCCCUUUCUCUCUUCUACCACCUUCAAAUUGAUUGCCCAAUUCACUCAAUACUCGGACCUAAUUAGGAAAGUCUCAAUUCUCCAUCCAUGGAAGACCACCAAACAUGCGGCGGCCGCAACAUCAUCUUCGGCAAAUACGAAAUGGGGCGCCUCCUCGGCAAAGGCACGUUCGCGAAGGUGUACCACGGCCGCGACCUGAAGACAUCGGAGAGCGUGGCCAUCAAAGUGAUUAGCAAGGAUCAGGUGAAGCAGGAAGGGCUAAUGGAGCAAAUCACGCGCGAGAUCUCGGUGAUGCGGCUGGUCCGCCACCCCAACGUGGUGGAGAUAAAGGAGGUGAUGGCCACGAAGCAGAAGAUCUUCUUCGUGAUGGAGUACGUCAAAGGCGGCGAGCUCUUCGCCAAGGUGGCCAGGGGGAAGCUCAAGGAGGACGCCGCCAGAAAGUAUUUCCAGCAGCUCGUCAGCGCCAUCGAUUUCUGCCACAGCCGCGGCGUCUCGCACCGCGACCUCAAGCCGGAGAACCUCCUCCUCGACGAGGACGGCAACCUCAAGGUUUCCGACUUCGGUCUCUCCGCCCUGCCGGAGCACCACCGAAACGACGGCCUCCUCCACACGCAGUGCGGCACGCCGGCCUACGUGGCGCCGGAGGUGCUGCGGAAGAAGGGUUACGACGGCGCCAUGGCGGAUAUCUGGUCGUGCGGCGUCAUCCUCUACGUGCUCCUCGCCGGAUUCCUGCCGUUUCAGGAUGAAAACGUGAUGAAGAUGUACACGAAGAUUUUCAAGGCGGAGUUCUCGAUUCCGCCGUGGAUCUCGCACGAGGCGAAGCGGCUGAUCUCGCGGCUGCUGGUGGCGAAUCCGGAGAAGCGGAUUACGAUCGAGGCGAUCAUGAGAGUACCGUGGUUCCGUAAAGGAUUCACGAGGCCGGUCGCGUUUUCGGUGAAGGAACCGUCUAAUCAAGAGCCGAUCGAGGAGAAAGAGCUGAAGAGAUCUAAAUCCUCGCCGCCGUUCUACAAUGCGUUCGAGUUCAUAUCGUCGAUGUCGUCGGGGUUCGACCUGUCGAAUCUGUUCGAGAAAGGGAGGAGAUCGGGAUCGCUCUUCACGUCGCGGUGCUCGGCGGCGGUGGUGGUGGCGAAGCUGGAGUCGCUGGCGAAUAAGCUGAAUUUCACGCUGGUAUUGAGCAAGGACUACAAGGUGCGGAUGCAGGGUGCGGCGGAGGGAAGGAAGGGGAGGCUGUCGGUGACGGCGGAGGUGUUCGAGGUGGCGCCGGAGGUGGCGGUGGUGGAGUUCUCGAAGUCGGCCGGAGACACCUUGGAGUACCGGAAGUUCUGCGAGGAGGAUGUGAGGCCGGCCUUGAAAGACAUAGUUUGGAGUUGGCAAGGGGAGACCUGUUCUUGCCAGGGUUAGUUUCGUCAUUUUCGCCACCCCCUGCCCCAUUUGUGAAUACGUUGUUACCCAAUUUUGUGUGAGCUUAGUCCAUGCAAUCUUCUACGGUCUCAACAUUUAUGUACAUAACGUUUUUCAAAUGUUGAUUUAGGGGCGUGUUUGGGCCUCCUUACAGAUA